UCAGGAGCAUUUUCCUCGCUCCGGCUGAGGCGGCGGCUGAGGCGUCAGAAGCCAAAGCGGCGAUGAUGGCGAGCCGGCGCGGGGCGGCUUGGCGGCCGUGGCUGCAGCUCCUUCUGCUGCUCUCGUGGCGGUGCGGCGCGGCCCGGGCGGCGGCGCACAUCAAGAAGGCGGAGGCCGCCUCGUCGUCGCCUUCUUCUUUUUCCUCCUCGGAGGCCCCGCGCUACUUGGACGAGGCCGAGCUGGGCGAGACGCUGAGGCGGCUGGCGGAGGAAGAGGCCCCGCGCGGCCUGGCGCGCCGCUUCUCCAUCGGCCGCUCCAGCGAAGGGCGCGAGCUGUGGGUGCUGCGCCUCAGCGACGGCCUGCCGGAGGGCGGCGGCGGCGGCGGCGGGCCUCCCCUCGCGGGCCGCCCUCAGGUGAAGCUGGUGGCCAACAUGCACGGCGACGAGACGCUGGGCCGCGCGCUGCUGGUGCGCCUGGCCCGCGAGCUGGUGGCGGGCUGGGCCCGCGGGGAGCCCCGGGCGCGCCGCCUGCUCGGCGCCACCGACCUCUUCCUCCUGCCCAGCCUCAACCCGGACGGCUUCGCGCACGCCCGCGAGGGGGACUGCCAGGGCCACGGCGGGCGGGAGAACGGGCGCGGCUUCGACCUCAACCGCAGCUUCCCCGACCAGUUCGGAGCAGCAGGCGGCGGCCCCCCGCCGGACCCGGCCGCCGUGCCCGAAGUGCGGGCGCUGAUGGAGUGGAUGCGGCGCAACCGAUUUGUGCUUUCUGGGAACUUUCAUGGGGGAACUGUUGUUGCAAGCUAUCCAUUUGAUGACUCAAAGUUGCACAAGUCCUCUGGAAUCUACAGUAAAUCUGCUGAUGAUGAGGUUUUCAAAUACCUGGCCAAAGCCUACGCAUCGAACCACCCAAUCAUGAGAACGGGCACCCCAAAUUGUCCUGGGGAAGAGAAUGAAACUUUCAAAGAUGGCAUCACCAAUGGAGCUCAGUGGUAUGAUGUGGAAGGUGGAAUGCAAGAUUAUAACUAUCUUUGGGCUAACUGCUUUGAGGUCACCUUUGAAAUUUCCUGCUGCAAAUAUCCACCAGCUGCUCAGCUUGAGCAAGAAUGGCUGAAUAACCGGGAAUCUUUGCUCGUUUUUAUUGAAAAAGUACACAUUGGAAUUAAAGGAUUUGUGAGAGAUUUGGUCACUGGGGCUGCCUUGGAAAAUGCAACCAUUGCGGUGGCCGGGAUUGCUCACAACAUUACAACUGGACAGUUCGGUGACUAUUACAGAUUGUUGGUGCCUGGAACCUAUAAUAUCACAGCUUCUGUCACGGGUUACCUGCCAGUCACCACAGAGAACAUCGAGGUGAAGGAAGAAAAUGCAACUGUGGUGGACUUUUCCUUGCAUCCCGCCGUCACAGGGGUGACUUCCAGCCCUACCACCAAGGAAGUGCUGAUAACUGCCAACAACUCUCUUGCCGACGCAGCAACUACCACUGCUGUCAACAGAUCAAACACUGCUCGCCAGGUGAUCCAGCCGGAUGAUUUUCGCCAUCACCACUUCCCUGAUAUGGGUAUCUUUCUGAGGAAAUACGCCACUGAGUACCCCAACAUUACCCGACUCUACUCGGUAGGCAAGUCUGUGGAACAAAGGGAGUUGUACGCGAUGGAGAUAUCAGAUAACCCAGGCAUUCACGAAGCAGGUGAACCGGAAUUCAAGUAUAUUGCCAACAUGCAUGGCAACGAAGUCGUGGGACGGGAACUGCUCCUCAAUCUCAUAGAGUACCUCUGCAAGAACUACGGAACGGAUCCCGAAGUGACUGACUUGAUCCAAAAUGUUCGGAUACAUAUCAUGCCAUCCAUGAACCCCGAUGGCUACGAAAAAUCUGUAGAAGGUAGCCUUGCGUGCCAACUUUUUUCUGACACGUCUAGUAAAAGGCGUUGGGCAAGGAAGGGUGGCGGUUUCAUAAGGCAAACUGCUCCAGCUUUUUCUCAUGUGCGACUCAACUUUAGCCGUAAUGUACGUAAAGAGGCCUCUCUCUUUUCUGUGUUUUAGCCCAGAAUUUCUUCUUUUCCUUGACUCAUCUCUGUUCCUGUUUCCUAACUUUUCUCCAUUGUACUUCAUUUACCUCAUAUUACAGAAGUAAGGACUUUAUCGAG